AUGGCUACGGCACAGUUUUUUCUCUCUCUAACUGCUUUUACCGUCCUUUCCUUCGUGCCCAUCGCCGUUCUUUCACAGCCGCCGCUCGACCCGGCCGAGCAGGAAUCGGUCUACCGCGUGCUCGAGUCGGUCAACCCGGACGUCCCGUGGCGGUCCCUCUUCCCAGACGACCUCUGCGCCUCCGCGCCGCACGGCGUCGUCUGCGAUUACUCGUCCGACGCCGCGGCGGAGGCGGCGCCGCACGUGACGGAGCUCAGCUUCGGGUACGUCUCGGACUACUCGCCCAACCCGCCCUGCGGCCCGACGUCCGCCUUCGACCCGACCCUGCUCCAACCGCUCGCCCGCCUUAAGAAGCUCUUCUUCUACAAGUGCUUCACCGAGGCGAAACUCGCGUUUCCCGAUUUUUCGCGCUUGCCGUCGUUGGUGGAGCUGGUUUUCGUCGACAACCCGGCGGUGUUCGGGUCUCUCGACGGAAAAGUCGGCGGGUUAACGGGUUUGAGAAGGUUCGUUCUGACCGGAAGCCGCGUUUCCGGCGGAUUUCCAGGCGAAUUUUCCGAUUCGAUCGAUCUCGAGCAGCUCACGCUUUCGAGAAACAACCUCACAGGGGAGAUCCCGACGAACAUUUUUCGAAACAUGAAGAAAUUGAAAAUUCUCGAUCUAAGCGGUAACGGAUUCGAAGGAGACCUGCCGGAAUCCGUCGGGAAUCUGACGGAGCUGCUGAAGCUCGAUCUGAGCUUCAAUCGAUUUUCUGGUAAAAUACCUGAAACACUCAAGGGCUUGAAAAGCCUCGAGUUCAUGGAUUUGAGCUUUAAUCGCUUUGGUAAUUUUGGUCUGCCAUUGUUCUUAUCAGAGAUGUUCAGUUUGAAGGAACUGUAUCUGAGUGGUAAUUUGCUCGGAGGGCAGAUUCCGGAAAUUUGGGGCGGUCUGAGGGGUAUUAUGGGAAUUGGGCUUUCUGGAGUGGGCCUCGUUGGGAAUAUCCCAAAAUCAAUGGGGAUACAUUUGAGAAAUAUUUGCUACUUGGGGCUUGAUAACAAUGGGCUUGAUGGGCCUGUGCCGGAGGAGUUUGAGUUUUUGGAGUCCGUGAGUGAGCUCAAUUUGGAGAACAACAAUUUGAGUGGGCGAGUGCCGUUUUCACAAGGGUUUGUGUCCAAGCUUGGGAGUAAACUGAAGUUGAGGGGCAAUUUGGACCUUUGCAUUGACGAGGGCUUGGAGUCGGUCAGGGUCGGAGUUGGGCUCGGGCACCUCAAGGUGUGUGGGCAGUUGUCGAUUCCCAGAAAUACCCUUUCGUACGAGGAUUCGUCAUCUCCAUCGAGGCCACGUGGAUUUAUGCCUGUUUUUCUCGUUUGCCUUUUGUUGGUCUCAUUGUUGCUUGCAUGCUGA